AUGGACUCGACAAUGGAAGGAGGCUGUGGUAUGAUGAUGGUGUUCCAUGCGGGAGUCGUCCAAGAAAUUCUUUUCAAAGGAUGGAAGACAUCCAACGCGCUGGAGAUAUUCGGCUCUGCCGUUGCCAUUUUCGUGGCGGGCGUGCUAUAUGAAGGCUUCAAGUAUUACAGGGAAACACUUUUUGAGUCCGCUGCCAUGGCGGCAACCGCUGACUCACAAGUCAACAUCGCCAAGAACGAAAAUGGAACGAGAUCCUGUCACACAAAACGGAGCCCUGUAUAUACGAUGUUUUCAAGUGGCCACAUUUACCAGACCGUCCUGUAUUUUAUACAAGCCUGGGUGUCAUAUAUCCUCAUGUUGGUAUUCAUGACGUAUAAUGUUUGGCUGUGUCUUGGGUUGGCGCUCGGUUUGGCGGUCGGCUAUUUCCUCUUUGGUUGGCGCAAAACUACCGCCAUAGACAAUAGCGAGUGUUGCAUGUAA